UUCCCUCCCGCCCGCCCGCCCGCCAUGGCCGCGCCGCCCUUCUGCAACGGCUGCUUCCAGCGGCCGCGCGGCGCCGCCCCCGAGCUCCGCCUGACCAGCUGCGGCCACCUGCUGUGCCCGCGCUGCCUGCCCUCAGGUCAAAAAGAAUUGUGUGUGAUUUGCAGAAUUCCUUGUCGUACAAUAAUGCUUUCAAAAAAGAUGAAUUCAGAUAUACAGUCACUGUUUAUGAGAAUAGAUGAGUUAUGCAGAAAAUAUUCCAGAGAAGUCUCACAAAUUUCACAAUUCCAGGAAAAACACAGAGGGCAUUUAUUAACUUACUAUAGAGGAAAGAUUGCAAAACUGGAAGGAUAUUGGAAAGCAGCGCAGCAAAUGCAGUAUAUACAACAUCAGCAACAUUUGAAGCCUCGUCAAGAAGGAAAUCAAGUUCCAUCUUCUAUUUCAGUAAAAACAUCAGUUUCCAAAAAACAGAAUGAUAAUGCUGCCUAUUUCCUUUGUUCCACUCCUCUAUCAACAUCUGAAAUAAGGGAUCCAUCCAUGGAAUUAGAUUGUGUGUCGCCUUCAGUGAGAAAAGUGGAAACAGUGGCUGGACCUGCAAGGUUGUCAGUGAUAAGCCCGCCUCAGAAUGGACAAAUGGGUAGUGUUUCCUGCAGAAGUUCUUGUUUUUCUGGAAUGGCUUUAUGUCAAAACAGUACAUCAGAAAGGGAAGAAACCUCUGUGCUGAAAGAUUCACCCUGGCUGCCCAUCUGUUUCCUUACCUUUAAGGACCUAAAUGACUCGAGGCCAGGGUACCUGAAAGACCCUCUCCUCCCAUACUGUCCAGCCUUCCAAUUAAGAUCUGCUUCUUCAGCCAGGCUCUCUAUCCUCCCUCUUUCAGGGGUGAGAGAAGUGGCCAUUAGUGACAGAGCAUCAUCAGUGAUGGCGCCUCAUCUUUCAAGUGAUCUGCCGCUUGAGACUCAUCUGGCACUGACAAUAUUGUCUUUUAGGUUAAAGCAUCUCUUUUUACCCAGGCUUUUUACUAAGGGGCUUUACCAGACGCGUUUCAGCCCUUAGGAAUUUUUAAAAAAUGUAAUAUAGUCCAUUCUAAAGUCCAACUUUAGAAUGGACUAUAUUAUAUUUUUUUAAAAAAAAUUCCUCCCCCCUUCUUCUUUUGUUACAGCUCCAGAUAAAAUACCGGGAGCAUUGCAUGAUUGGUUUCCAUAUGUGUGGGUGUGUUUGAUCAUAAAUUGUUUACAAUUGACCACUGAGGAAGGCCUAAGGGCCAAAACGCGUCUGGUCAGUUUUGUACUGUACCUUGGUCUAUUUGUGUUGGUCAUUGCACUGUACCAUCAUCUGCAUCUUGAGAUGUUUUAGCAAGUUUUAGAGUGUAGCCUGCCAUUCAGGCCUUAUGUUUUAAACUUGUUUUUAUUCACA